AUGCGCCUCCAGUGCAGUGUCAAAUUGUGUGCGGGAAGUCUUGGCAUGUGCCCUACAAGUGCGGGAUUAGUCAUUGUGGUGCGUGUGCCCAGUUGGGAAAGACGAAGCAGCAAGGCUCAGCAACCCCUACUCUCCUCGAUGAGAUUCUCGCGGCGCAUCUCCGUUUCUGUGGGACUUGGAGUGGGAGCUGCAGCGAUAUACUACGGUUAUCAGCAGCGAGCUCACCUCACCACUGCGCUGUAUAUGCCUUUGGCAGCGGCUCCAAGCCUCACGAGUAAUCAGAGAUCGCCCUACUCAUCCUCUUCACAAUCAUAUAACCCGACAUCAUCAUCGUUAACGUCUUCGACCACCUCGGAGGCGUUAUCAACGAACCUUGCCGUGCGGAAAGCGUUGGUCGUGGAACAGGGCCAGAUUUUCGCGACAGAAAUACCGGCUGAUGCCAAAAUAAGCAAAGAGACGGAUCGAUCAGGUCGCAAAACCGUGGAGAUGCUUACUCCCGAGGAAGCUACGGCCAAACUUCGAACCAACGAAGAGAGCUAUCUAGUCGGCCGUGGAACAGGUGUAGUCAGAUAUGAUGUCGUGCAAAUACCCAGCAAUGAUCCGAUAGAGGAUGAUCACGUCGAGAAGAUUGUUGAAGUCCCGAGCACAACUGCGGCCGCAGCAAACGGCACCCACAGCUCCGAUUGGAUGUUUUGGGGGGUUUUCGAUGGUCACGCUGGUUGGACAACUUCGGCAAAGCUCCGACAGACCCUCGUAUCAUACGUUGCCAGAGAAUUAAACGCCACAUACAAGGGUGCUCUCGCGGAUCCACAAUCGAACGUCCCAACGUCUGAGGCAAUCGAUGCAGCGAUCAAACAGGGCUUUGUCAGGCUCGAUCAUGACAUCGUUCACGAAUCAGCCGCCAAGGUUCUGAAGGCCCAAUCAAAGCGUGUCGCUGCUCAAAUUCUCGCACCUGCUCUUUCAGGCUCUUGCGCACUUUUGAGCUUCUACGAUAGCAGAUCGAAGGAAUUGAGGGUGGCAUGUACUGGUGACAGUCGAGCUGUAUUGGGUCGUCGGGGCAGCAACGGAAAGUGGACUGCCACAGCGCUAUCCAUCGAUCAGACCGGUGGGACGCCCUCGGAAGAUGCACGACUACGCGCCGAGCACCCCAACGAGCCGUAUGUUACAGCCAACGGACGUAUCCUGGGCGGAUUGGAGCCCAGCCGAGCAUUCGGAGAUGCCGUGUACAAGUGGUCGAUAGAGGUUCAGCAAAAGCUAAAGAAGUCAUACUUCGGCCGCACACCCAGCAAGUACCUGAAGACACCUCCAUACGUCACCGCCGAGCCUGUUAUCACUCGCACACAGAUCGACCCUGCCAAUGGAGACUUCGUCGUCAUGGCCACAGACGGUCUGUGGGAAAUGCUCACCAACGAGGAGGUCGUUGGCCUCGUCGGACAAUGGCUCGAGAAGCAAUCCUCACUCGCAGGAGGCAAGGCCAACACGAGCAGCUGGCUUCCUUCCUGGUUCGCCAGCCAGAAAGCCUCCCAACUGCCCAUCGAGCACCAAUCUCAAGGCGCAACCGGUGGUCAGCGCGCACCUGUCCGACAAGAACAGUGGGGCAUCCCGACCGGCCAAGACCAGCGAUUCGUCGUCGAGGACAAGAACGCCGCCACCCAUCUCGUGCGCAACGCCCUGGGCGGCCGCGACACGGAGACGCUCACGGCACUCCUCACGCUCCCGGCGCCAUUCAGCCGACGCUACCGCGAUGAUCUGACCGUCCAGGUGAUUUUCUUCGGCGACAAUGCCGGCCAAGGCAAUGGCAAGGUCGAGCUGAACAAAGAGGCGAGCGCCACCGUCGCGAACGGCAACAAGGGUACUGAGGGCAUCCAAGCGAAGCUCUGA